UGUGGACGCACCCGGCUGAUCCAGAUAUAUUUGAACAUCCACAGAAGUCUCAGUCCCCGAGGAGGCAGUGCCGUGAGUGUUAGGGACGAGCCUGUUCAGAGGCACCCACAGUGAAGGAGCUGAUAGAGAGAGAGAGAAUAUCAGACUAAAGCAGAAGAAGAAAAAUAGUGAUCGAAGUCUUGAAAACAGUGAAUUAUCGAACCGUGUGAAGGGAAGCCUCGAGACCGCAUCAUGAAGCCGCGACACUGACACACUCAAACUGUACGGUGGAGCACGAAUUCGGAGGUCGCCCUUGAACCAUAAACACCCUUGGAAUCCGACCCCAAACCUACGCAAAAGGAAAACAUACCAAAAAACAACAACGAGAAGAAAACGAGAAUGCGUGUGAGUCGAAACGCAAAAAGCGACUCGGGAGGAUGUUUCGGAGCUUCGGAGGCGUCGCAGCGGAGGUUGAACGGUGACCUUGGGAUGAAGACGCAAGAAGAAGAGGAGGAGGAGAAGGUGGUGAUGGUGGUGCUGCGGGGGCGUGGCGGGUCGUGCUGGAGGUCGGUGGUGGUGACGGCGGUGUUCGUGGUGUUGGCAUGCAUCACCGGAAGUGCUGAGGGGCAGUGUGACGGCUCCCCGCUCUACCUGGCCCCCGAGAACAGUUCCCUGCAUGUCGCCUUCCCCGAGGUGAACUGGGAUGCCCACAGCGGGACAUGGAGCCCCUACCAGUACUACCCCACGUCGGUGCACUGUACGUGGGUGGUGCGUUCCCCGGCUGCCCAUGUCCUCGUCGCCAUGUUCGUCCAGUUCGACACGGAGCAAGAUUAUGAUUUCGUGACCAUCUACGGCUCCGAGGCGCGGACGGAACAGCUGCUCCGAGUGUCCGGGGAUCUGACGGGGGACUGGCUGGUCACGUCGCCGGAGGACACCCUCGUCAUAGACUUUGUCAGCGACGAGUUCACCACCUACUCCGGCUUCCAACUGGCCUACCGCUACGAGCCCAGAGCAUGUGUGGACGGCGGCGUGACGGUGACGGAGGCCCAGCUCAUUGCCCUGCCCACCCUCAACCUGCGUGGGGUGCUCCCGGGUCCAGGCGGGGUCGAUGCUGCACUCACCCCCGCCGCCAAGAGCAAGCCCAAGAAUCUGCAGGCGGAGGUUCCCAAGGGCGGGGCGAGGUGGCAGGUUCGGGAUGGCGGAUCGUGGGUCGCCCGCGCGCAGUACCCCAUCUGGGUGAACUGCACUUGGCGUGUGGCCGUGUCCCAGAGGCAGGUGGUGGAGCUGGAGGUGCUGCGCUUCAACACUCCGGAGAGGGACUUGCUUAAGGUGUGGGAGGUCGGUGUCGGGGGAGCCAGGCCGCUGCUUCAACACGGCGGAGGAGACGUGCCCCAGCGCCGCUCCUUCCGGUCCUCACGCCCUCUCCUCAUCACCUUCCUGGCCCAGUCUGGCGAGGGGGGCGUUGGCUUCCUGCUGGACCUAACCUACAUCACCAGGGCAUGUGACCCCCCGGUUCAGGUGUUGGGGGCCCCUCGUGGCUUAGUCGGGUACCCUCACUAUAACCUGCUUCUUGGGGACGGCCGGAACCAGCAGGGGAGUCUAGGAACACCGGCAUGGCGUACUGAAGAGCGACAGGAGGAGCAAGGACGCAGGGACAGCGGAGGGGCGGUGCACUAUGGUCCGGACUCCUGUAAGUGGGUCAUACGUGCCCCCGCCGGCUACACCUUGAACCUGACCGUGCUGCAUCUGGACACACGCCCCCAGGACCCCAUCAAGGUAAGCUGGGUGACGCGAGGCCAAGGGAGAGGAUGGAAUGGGGAUUGUAAUGUAGUGUUUUUUCAAUUGGGACUCCAUACCAAAACAUAUCAGAGGUCACAAACCCACAAUUUGUAAGACUUUCGCAGAUGU